CGGAGCAACUGCAACAUGAUGGUGCAUACGCUUUUCAUGAAAGAAAGCAGAUAGUACCAACGAGCAAACGCAGACGAAAUAACACCAAUGAACACAGCCACACUCACCGCCUGAUAAAUUUAGAUUAUAUCCAUCAUGCGACUAUCUGCAAAAAUGCCAGAGCCGUUAGGUGCGCGUGAAACCGUGAUUAGAAACAAGAAAAAGGAUAGAUGUAGUUGUAUGUGAAGACCUUUUCCGCCGGGGCUCUGCUUUAGCAUUUCGAGUCAAUCUUCGCGCUUAUCUUUUGUUCGUCCGCGAAAUGUCGGCACGGCGAAUUUCCGCCCGCAUUGCAGUACCGCUUGGGGCGGCAGUUAAUGCGGAGGUGCUCUAUGUGGACCAAAUAGCAGUGAAUAAAACGGAAGGUAUAAAGAACUUCUGAAUGUUCUCACUAUGUCUAUGUGUACAAAAAGGAAAACAGAUACGAGAACAAGACUCCGUGACUUCAUGACUGUAAGGACGGUUGUAUAGGUCGUGGUCGUUAUGUUGCUCGCAUUAAAACAAUCAAGAGAUAAUUCAUGGCCAUUGGCAUUGAGAAAAAGGUCAUUCAAGAUGUCAUGCGUCAUCUACAUACACAUACUUUCUCUUUCUUCGGAUACGGAUUCUCAUCACGGCGACACAGACACUGACAAAAUUCAAAUUGUUCCCACUAAAAAAUUUGAUACAUACAGCCUGCGGUCGUCGUCUGGACCACUUGCAAGCCCCCGACUUGUUGUUUGUCUGCGACCUGGGCACAAAACCACGAGAUGGCGACUUCGGAGUAUCCCAAACUAAAGAGGACAACUGGGGUAAUUACUUAAGUAUGACUAUGAGCAUCUUUGUAUGAAUCGUAUAUCAUACAGACCGAAGGAGCCCGCCAAUCACAGGAAGGUUGACCGCGCCUCGAUUUCAGUUCCUGCUCUCGGUGGAGGUAGUGGUUCAUCACCAGGCUCUUAUCAUACCUAGGAUGCUCUGGUUCAAAAAAUCAAUCAGGAUAUCUCCACUACAAGCCCGGAGUGCCAUUUGUGCCUGCGAUGGCUGGUGUCAGCGGAACACACCGGUACACUGCCUGUUACGGAAAACAGACAGAAGAGUUGAAAGAUCUGCUCCGGCCCUGUGACGAAAAAUACCGUGCCUGUAACAGUUGUGCGCGGGCAGCACAAGUCUGCUACGAGCAAAGUCCGCACUAUAUGCAUUGCAAGGAUUCAUUUCAUCUGGGCCUGGAAGAUUGCAUGAUAGAUUUGUCAGACUUGUCUGACAUGGCUCCCUCUGAGCUCUGUGAUACAUAGGCACGCAAUAGAGAUCAUAUUCUGCCUGUCAUGCAAAUGCGCAGUUUGCCAUCGCAUUCCGCGUGCAGUAGACUAGACCACGAAUAGCAGCUCUGAAACUGUUCGAGGUCGCGCUUGGCUGCCGCAUACUGCAUUGCGCGCAUCAUUCACAUAUUUGAGUUUGACUUUCAUCAAUCCAGAAAAAAAGAAUUACAUCGCAAGUUUUGACUUUGAGACCCAGACAAUGACAACAUAUUUGCGAUGCAUACGAUAUGAGGUUCAACAAUUCUACUCCACCAGCUGCGAUCCGCAGACGAACAAAAUGAGGACUUCCAGUACUGAAUCUUUGAGCGCUUUCGCGCUUCCAAAAAUGAUUCCACAUCACAGAAGUAGUAAAUACUUUCACGGGGUCCGUGUCUUCCAGCCUUUUUUCCACCUGUCAACGUUGCUGCUUUAGUUUUGACUCGUCUUGUUGUUCUGCUACGAACGUAAUCGAUCCAAAAAAGAUACGCACAGGAAAACAAGCUUCGAUACGCCAGGCGCAGAUUCAGAUUAUUUCACUUCAGGUCUUUUCUCCGGUCGGCCAAAGAAGCAGGAAAGCGCUGCAUUGGUUACGUUCGUUCUGGACGAGCUGAACGCGCCCGGUUCACGCACCAAGAACAAGAAGAAGAGCGGGAACUACAACAAGUCCGGUAAAGAUGAAGCCGCACCAAAACCAAAAGUGAAACCCCCAACAAGCACGGAAAGCAAGAAUAGCGGUUCAUCGCCGCAACAGACGCACAAGAGCGAGGAUGAGUCCUGGUGGGACAGUAUGUUCGACGAAGUCGGAGGUUUAAACACGCUGGCGAAAAAAGAAACCAAGUCGGAAGUGCAGCGGGAGGUGCAGGUGGAGAAGGCGAAUACUGGCGACGCGAAAGAACCGGCAAGUAAGAUGACUAGUAAGCACCCGGACCAGGACGCCGGUAAAUCGUGGUGGUCGUCGUAUCUCGCAGAGCAGCGCGGCGAGAAGACCCUGAUCCCGGUGCCGGUUCCGAAAGGAAAAGCGAAGCCAAAAAAGACCGCCAAGAACCUCAAUGCCGCGGCCAUGAAAGCGCAUGGCGCUGGGAAAGAGCAGAAAGAAGGCUGGUUUUCCAGCAUCUUCGACGAAGAGGCAGAUAAAAGCAAAAAGCGGCCGGAGAUGUUGAAGAAGCCACCGGUGAACCACGCCGCAGCUGCACCACCGCCAAAGAAAGACGCAAAGAAGAUCGCGGCUCCGCAUGGGAAGCUGGAAGAUGACAAAAGCUGGUGGUCUGGCCUAAUGGCCGAAACGGAGCCUCAGCCCCUGAAGAUGAAAGCCGCGAAAGAUGAUGCGAAGCUCGGCCGCGUAUCCACAACUGCGGCGAAACCAGGGCCUGCGGAAACGAAAAAAGCUGCUGCUGAGAAAGAAAAUAGACCCUGGUGGUCCGGUAUCAUGGAUGAGGAAAAGUCGAAGCCGAAAUCAGCAAGCAAAGCCACCCCGGUGCCGCUUAAGAAAAAAGACUUGCUCUUGUCGGAGAACAAACCCUCGGGUCGUGGAAAGCAAGAGGCGGAGGCAUUGAAAGCUGCGAAGAAUGUCGCGAAGCAAGCGAAGAGCUGGUGGUCAGGCAUCAUGGAUGAACUCCCGGCAAAGCCGCACGCAGACGAGGACAAGAAAACUCCAGCAGGACCGGCCAUGAAAAUAAAGCCAAUCAAGAAGAAGCCCGAGGCUGGAAGAAAAGGUGCAGACAAGACCGGCGGAUCUAUCAAGAAGAAAAAUCCCCCCUCCCGAUAUCAAAACGGAAAUUUGUGAUGCAGAUUUGUGGUGACAAAUCACCUUUGUCAUGCUAGAAGGGAAAAGAUGCGGACUGUAGUUCUGGGUUGCGCGGGAACGCCUUGCAUCCUCAGCAUGACAGGCAGCUGGAGGUGGCAAACAGCAUCACAAAUUGCCUCCAAGCAAGGCCACAACUGCGCCUCUUUGCCUUCUAGCAAUACAAGUCGAUUUGUGUACUCAAAUACAGCGACGUCACCAAUUUCGUUUUUGAUAUGGGGAGGGGGGGGGAUUUUUCCUUUUCAUAGGAUCUUGGUGGUCUAGCCUGAUGGACGCGGAGAAGGCGCCCGCGGUACCGAAGCAGGACAUGCUUUAUCCAAGAAAAAAAGAUUGUAGGUAGAACGUCAACGUUCUUGGAGGAUUAGCAUGACAAAUAAUAUGACAGCAUAAACUAACUGUCAUGUGCAGAUAGUACCGUACGUGAAAACGCCCUUGAAUUAUGGGCCCCACAAUGCAGGCACAGGCACAGCAUGACAGAAUUUGCAUGUUGCGCGUAAUACAAAUAUGCACUAACAACGUUGUUCUCUUGGAUAUGCUUCUGACGAAAACCACUGCCGAUGCAGAGACGAAGGACCACAAGCCUGGUGUCGCGGCGAGCACUAUUAAGAAAGCGACCAGUGCUCCUGCUGGCGCCAAAGCGGAAGAGCAGAAGCCCUGGUGGUCGGGAAUUUUGGCGGAAGAGCCGGCCAAGCUGAAGAAAACCAAGCAAGCCGCACAAAAGCUAGCUGCAGGUCGUGUCGCAGAGAAGAAGGAGCCAGGCGUGUCGGAAGACCCGGAGGCCCCGGCGGUCGAGAAAAAGACUGAAAAAAGUUGGUGGUCGAGUGUUCUGGAGGAGGAGAAGAAAUCGAAGUCCAGUGUGCUGAAGAAACAACCGAAAGCGCCAGCGCCACUGCAGGAAAAAGCAAAAACCGCGGCAGCUGCCAGAAAAUCCGCAACUCCUACUGCUAGUACUAGCGCCGCUGGAAAAAAGGGAGGUGACGCACCAUGGUAUUCCGGUAUCUUCGCCGAAACCAGGGCUGCAGAAGCCACAAAGCCAGUUUUAUCACAACCAGUAGAAGAAGGGAAAAAACCGAAAGUGCACCCGCCAACAGCGGUUGCGAAUGGUAAAUCGACUAAGCCGGCUGGUUAUCAAAUGCAAAAAUGUCUGGGUCUGGAAACUUGUAAUGCUAAAAAUGAAUGAUAUACGCACUGCAGUACGCAGCUGCGCAUGACAAAUUUUUUGGCUGCCAUGUCUUACGUAUUCCGCAUGGCAAACUGCGUUUUUGCAUGACAGGUAAGAGACUUUUUCGUGUCUAUGCAACACAGAUUUCCGAGUCAUGCCAAACAAGCAUGACAAACCUGGCAAUCUUCCAGACCCAGACAUUUUUACAUUUGAUACUGGUGGUGCUGCAGCUGCCGAGAAAAAGCAUGAGACGACCGGCGCGUGGUAUUCCGGUAUCUUUGCCCAAGAACCAGAAAAAGCAGCAAACCCAACCGCGAAUAAACCAAAGCUGGUGAAAACGGAGGAAAAGAAAGCAGCCAGUACGAAGAAAAACAAAAAGGAUGACAAGGUGGAAGAAGUGCCGAAAAAGAAGGACAUAAGCAGCCCCUGGUCAUGGUCCGGAAUCUUUGCAGCCGCCGACCAAGCCGGCGCGGGUGCGGCUCCGACCAGCAAGACCAAGCAUGUCAAACCGGUGACUGCCUGGUGGUGGCCUGGCUUCUUGUCCUGAGUUUUAUUCUAUUCUGCAAAUGCAAAUGGUCGAUCUUCGAAUGUGGUGAAAAAAUUGCUCGGUAUAGAUACAACUCUUUCUUCCAAGACCAAGAUAAUUGAAGUACCUGUCUCUCGUACGUAGACACACACACAGACAAGAGUUGUAUACCGACUACGACCAUCAUGUCCAGAUAGAUACUUGCGCAGGGCUCACGUCUUCAGCAGUCUGAGAACUUAAAUAGAGCAAGAACAUCAUUUUCAGGAUCGUCAUGAUAACAAUUGCAAUUCCGGACAGCACGGUGUAUCUACUUGACCGUGCCGCAAAUCAACUAGUACAACAAGUAGUGCUCCUAGUACCAAAAAAUAGCGGAAGGAAAUUGAAGAGCUUCAUGAGUCAGGAACAGGAUAUUGAUGAAGUACUUUCCAAUAGCAAUACACGAGAAAAAAAAGAUCUCCCGUGACCUGUUGAAUGGCGGAAUGGGCUACUUCUUCACAGUUUUAGUUUUUGCAUAGUACGUACCAAAGACUAAAAAGAACGUGCAGCUGUACCUUUUUUAUUCGACAUGCUAAAUGCUUCUUUGGCAGAACAAGAAUCCAAUCAUCCCAAUUGAGUUAUGUAUUCUGCACCUCCUCAAGCUUGCAACUGUUCGCCACCUUUUGUAGAAAUUGGUCCUGCAUCUGCACGCGAACGCGGCAGUCGCCG